CCAUGAUUCGUGUUGCCAUGGUGAAUCGGCGGUCGCCUGGCGACGCCCGAAAACAACCUGUCGUCCGGGCGACGCUAGCGAGCUGGCUCAGUUGGGAUCCUCUCCGUCUUUCUUUCUUUUAAACUUCUCCCGAACUUGAUGUCGCGUCGAGAACAAUGAGCCGAGAGCUGAACGAAGAGGAGCUGCAGGAGCUGUACGCCUGGAUAGACAAAGUGCCUCUGUCCCGGCCGAAGAGGAACAUCACGAGGGACUUCAGCGACGGAGCUCGACUGUCUGCCUGUUUUCACCUCGUCCCCUCUUCCGCCGACCCGUCCGCAGUGAUGGCUGCCGAGGUGGCGAAGCACUUCUUCCCGAAGCUGGUGGACCUGCACAACUACAUCCCUGCGAACUCCACAGCGCAGAAGCUCAGCAACUGGAACCUCCUCAACAGGAAGGUGUUUUCCAAGAUGAACUUCCAUGUGCCUGAAGAAACAGUGAAGAGGAUCGUACUGAGCGCUGCGGGAGUGAUAGAGCCUGUACUGAGCACCCUGAGGGAGAAGAUAGACAAGAAACUAGAGCACACCACCGACAAUAUACUGGAUUUGGAAUACUUUGACACCAGGAACCACGAGCAACCUCAUGCAGAAAUUCAUCAGACCGAAGUGGCUCAGUUGAGAGGAGGGGAUAUGAAAAAAGAUGACAAGAGAAGACAAAGAAACUGUAAACCAGAGCACACAGUGGAGUUUUACACAGACAUGGACCCAACUUUACGAAUAAUCCUGCAAGAAAAAGAGCAAGCGGUCAUGGGUUUGCAGGAGACUGUGGAGAUCUUGCAGAUGAAAGUGAGCAGGUUAGAGCAUCUGGUUCACUUAAAGGACAUGCGUAUUGAUGAGCUGACCCGGCACCUGGAGACGUACAAAACCAAAGGCAAUCCACGCUGAAGAAGAUUUAACCUUGUAACAUAAACUGUUUGGGGGAAAAAAAAGUCAAGACAAUGAUUAUUUGUCCUAUUAGAUACAACGUUGAAUGUAUUAAAACUAUUGAAAUGCAUCAGAUUACUCUUUUCUAAGUAGUGUCUUCUAAUAACAGCUGUUUUUGCUUUAAUAGAAAUAUUUUGUACAUCUCUAAAUGUUGCUGAGUCCUUGUGCUUGAUGUUCAGAUGAAUGAGGUUCUGCUGCGAAUGAUUUAUUAGCCUGUUUAUGAAACAUCUUAUGAGGGGUUGCUUCGGUGUGAGGCGUGCGUAGCAUGUGUUUGUCACGGUGGAUCAUAACAUGUCUACAGUCUUCUUUGACUUCUUUGCCUUCACCCAGCCUAUGACGUCCGCUUACCGAGUGCUCAAUAAAUCAACUAACUUCU